AUGGAGGACCAGCUCAUCCAGCUGCUGUCCAACACGCAGCGUCCCGAACAGGCCCCUCGUCAGCAGGCUGAGAUCGACCUCAAGCGCGCCUCCACGAACCCCGCCUUCCCCCAGUCCCUCGCCAACGUCGCCGCCCACACCUCGGUCGACACCAAUAUCAGGCAGUCCGCCCUCAGCACCCUGCGCCUCUUCAUCGAGAGCAACUGGGCCGUCGACCGCUAUGCCGCCGAGCCCCAGAUCCCCAUUUCUGACGAGGCCAGGGCCCCGCUGAGGCAGACGCUCCUCGACCUGGCCAUCAGCCCAGAGGAGGACCGCAAGGUCAAGAUUUCUGCGAGCUACGCUGUAGGCAAAAUCGCCGUCCAAGACUACCCCGAACAGUGGCCUACCCUCCUGCCGACCAUCCUCAACGUCAUCCCCUCGGGCACCGACGCCCAGCUCCACGGGGCUCUGAGGGUUCUCGGCGACCUGAUCGAGGAGACGCUUAGCGAGCACCAGUUCUUCACAAUGGCCCGCGACAUUGCCCGCACCCUCACUGAGGUCGCUCUCAACGACUCGCGCAAGCCCCACCUCCGCGCCCUCGCCAUCUCCGUCUUCCGCGGCUGUUUUGACAUGAUGAAUAUGAUCAAGGAGGACCACGGCAAGGAGGUCAAGGCUUUCGCCGAGGAGCUUCUCAACGAGUGGAACCCCUUCUUCAUCACCGUCCUCAAGUCCCGCCUGCCCGAGGUCGACCUGUCGGCCAGCCCCAGCCAGCCCGAGAGCUGGAACAGCAUCAUCGCUCUCAAGCUGCAGGUCGUCAAGACUCUGCUGCGCAUCCGCCGUGUCUUCCCCGCCCUCCUCCUCCCCCAGAGCACCGCCCUGUUCACCGCCGUCUGGGAGGAGCUCAUGAUCAUGCAGGGCCCAUACGAGCAGCUGUACAUCGUAAACGACGCCCAAGGCCGCCUCGAGGACUCGGACAACCUGCCCUAUACCCUCGACUUCCUCAUCCUUGAGGAGCUCGACUUCCUCAACCAGUGCUUCCGCGCCGCACCUGUCCAGGCCGAGCUUGACAGUCAGCUCAAGGCUCACGCCUCGGCCCAGGAUGUCCCCUGGAUGAUGGAGAUCAUGCGUAUGCUCGUGUCGUACUCGCGCGUCACCCGCGAGGAGGAGGAGCUUUGGGACAUUGACUGCUCCCUCUACCUGGCUGAAGAGACGUCCGUCACGGCCAACUAUACUGCUCGUGUUGCCGCCAGUGACCUCCUCAUCAAGAUGGGCGAGUGGUUCGAUCAGAAGGCUCUCGACGGUCUCUUUGGCUAUACCAAGACGCUCUUUGGUGGCAGUAACGUGUCUUGGCACAACCAGGAGUCGGCCCUCUUCCUCUUUGUCAUGCUAGCCAGCGAUUUCCAGGACCUCGAGAAGCCCAUCAGUGACGCCUUUUCGACCGCUUACCUUGAGCUGGUCGACUACGCCAUCAACCGCCCCGAGGAGCCUCUCCUCCGCGCGCGCGGAUAUUUGGUCGCUGGUAUGGUGUGCCGCACCUUCGACGCCCCCCCGACGCUCCUCGACCACAUUAUCGGCUCCAUCACCCAGGAGCAAGCUGAGGUUGUGCAGGUCGCGUCCAUCAAGGCGGUCGAGGGUCUCAUCAACGCCGGAAAGGUCACCGCCGACAAGCAGGUCCCCAUCAUCAAGGCCAUCGAGCAGUACAUGUCCGGCAGGGACCCCGAGGAGAUGGAGGAUGCGGAUGAGCUGCUCGUUACUCUGAGCGAGGCCCUAAGGGCUGCAAUCCGCCUCAACUCCAAGGUUGUGCUCUCCAACGAGGUGCCGUCUAUCGACCUGCUCUUCCUGCUCGCUAAGAUUGGCGCUAGCAACUUCCAGGUCACCAUGAUGGUGGCCGAGGCCGUCGAGGAAGUGGUGCGCAGCCUGGAGGGCCCCGACAGCUUUGCCGCCCUGUGCUCCAAGCUCGUCCCCACCCUUAUGGGAGCCUUCGACGUGUCACGCGUGACGGACGACAGCCCCUUGGUGACGGUGGCGACAGAGCUCCUUGAGGUCCUUGUUGAGCACGCAGCCGAGCCCCUCCCUGCCGGCUUCGUAGCUGCCACUUUCCCCAAGUUGACCAAGGUGCUCAUGGAGUCGAGCGAAGGCGAUGUCCUCCGCCCCGGAGCUGAGGCGGCCAAGUGGAUCCUCGCCCAUGACCACCAACAGGUCUUUUCGUGGCAGGACGAGGCCGGCCGCUCCGGCCUCGAGGUCUGCCUGCACAUCAUCGACCGCCUUCUGGGCCCCACCAUCGAGGACAACUCGGCCACCGAGGUCGGUGGAUUGGCCGCCGAGCUGGUCGAGAAGGCCGGACAAGAGCGCCUGGGCCCCUUCCUACCACAGCUCCUUCACGCUGUAGCCAACCGUCUCGCUACCGCCCAGGCCGCCCAGCUCAUCCAGUCCCUUAUGAUGGUAUUCGCCAGGCUGUCGCUCGCUAGUGCCCACGACGUGGUCGAAUUCCUCUCGCAGAUCCAGAUCAACGGCGAGGGAGGACUGCAGAUUGUCAUGUCUAAGUGGCUAGAGAACUCGGUCAACUUUGCGGGAUACGAUGAGAUCCGCCAGAACGUUAUUGCCCUGUCAAAACUCUACUCUCUGAAUGACCCACGCCUAGGUCAGAUCUCCGUCAAGGGCGAUCUCAUCGUCGCCAAUGACGGGCAGAUCAAGACGCGUUCGCGUGCGAAGCAGAACCCGGACCAGUACACCAUCAUCCCUGCGCCCCUCAAGAUUGUCAAGCUCCUCAUCGACGAGCUCCUCUCGGCCUCGGGAGCCCGCUCUAUGGCGAAUGCCACGUCGGGCGCUCUGGGCGGCUCUGGCGGCGCAGGAGGGGACCUCGACUCUGACGACGACGACGAGGGCUGGGAGGAUGAUGACGACACUCUGGACAUGGGCCUGGCCUCGACAAAGGCGGACCUCAUGUCGUUCAUCGAAGGUCCGGGACUCCGCCAGCCGGACGACGAGACUCAGUCCUUCCUCACAGACUUCUUCCUCGCCUGCGGGCGUGACAACACCGCCAAUUUCCAGGACUGGUACGGUAUGCUGACUGAUGAAGAAAAGAACAAGCUCAAUGAGUUGGCAAAUGGGCAGUAA